AUGCCGACAGCUUCGGCAGCAUCGUUUCCGAAGCUGUUCGGUGCACUCAUUCCAUCUGCUGCUCUUCAUGUGUCAGCACCUAUGAGAUGGCAAAAUUUCGAGAAUGAACGACAUUUCGAGCCAGGGGAGGAUGUGCUUAAACGUGUAUGGCAUGGUUUGACGUAUGACUUCAGGCGCUGGAAACGGAGAUAUAUGGAGGCCAAAUAUGAUGCGUUCAGAAGGCGUAAUCCAAUAGCGCAUAUGAAACAUGCUCCACUGGAUAACGAAAUGUUCCCAUAUAGAUCUGAGGUGUUGAUUAUUGGUGGAGGUCUGACUGGUUCUUCAACAGCCUAUUGGAUUAAGGAACGAUUCCGAGAUGAAGACUUCAAGGUGACGGUCGUUGAAAACAAUGAUCGAUUCUCUGAAUCCUCAACCAUGCUUUCUUGUGGUGGCAUAACGCAACAGUUCUGUUUGCCUGAACAUAUUGAAAUGUCUCUAUUUACAACUGAGUUUCUAAGACAUGCUGGUGAACAUCUUCGUAUACUCGAUAAUGAUCCACCGGAUAUUCAUUUUCUUCCGAAGGGCUAUAUGCAUUUGGCGUGUACACCCGAGGAUGCUGAACGAUUGCGAAGCAACUGGAAACUGCAAAUUGAAAAAGGGGCUCGAAUAGCGUUAUUGAAUCGUGAUGAAUUGAUUGCCAAAUUCCCAUUCAUGAAUUUCGACGAUGUGCUGUUGGGGACGUACGGUUUGGAGAACGAAGGUUGUAUUGACGCAUGGCAGUUAUUGUCUGCAAUUCGUGAGAAGAACAUCACUCUUGGUGUGCAGUAUGUGAAAGGCGAAGUGGAAGGUUUUUUGUUCGAACGAGCGUAUGGAACGAGGGAAUUGCAUGGGUUUGAAGAGGAUGAUGUGGCAGAUGAGAUGAAGGAAGCACGACAGCAGAUUCGAGGAGUUUAUGUGAGACCGCAAAUGACCGAUGCAUCAGCGCGACCGAUUCGAGCGCAUUUCGUCGUGAAUGCGGCUGGACCUUGGGCUGGCAAAAUUGCUGAAAUGGCUGGAAUUGGCAAAGGGAAAGGCCUCCUGGCUGUACCGCUUCCAAUUGAAGCCCGUAAGCGAAUGCUAUUUGUGGUGCAUGCACCUGACGUACCACCGAUAGAUAUGCCAGCUUUGGUGGAUCCGAGUGGUGUGUAUUGUUUGCAGGAGGAUGCUGGAAAUACGUUCAUUUGUGGCAAAAUCCCGUCGAAGGAAGAAGAUGAGCAAAUCGAUCACAGUAAUCUGGAAGUUGACUAUGACUUUUUCUACGAUCGAAUAUGGCCAGUUCUAGCGAGACGUGUCCCAUCGUUCAAGAAUCUAAAAAUUAAGAAUGCUUGGGCUGGUUAUGAGGAUGUGAACGUGUUCGAUAAUUCACCGAUAAUCGGAGAGCAUUUGCUGUAUACGAAUCUGCAUAUGAUGUGCGGUUUUGGCAAUCGAGGUGUGCAACACGCGUUGGCUGUGGGACGUGGCUUCUCGGAGCGUAUCUUCGACGGCGCUUAUACGUCAAUCAACAUGCGCAAGUUUGACAUGAGACGACUGCUGAAGAAGGAAAAAUUAGAAGAAAAUUAUGCAUAA